GAGUUAUUUAAUUAAUUAUUUGAAUAAAGGUGUAUAAAUGAACUAAUUAAUUUAAAAGUAUUGUUUAUUGUCUCCAUAAUGGGUAUAAAAGGUUUAUGGACAGUUUUAACACCCUUUAGUGAAAAGAAAUCAUUACACGAAAUUUGUGGAGAAACCGUUGCGGUUGAUUUGUCAGGAUGGGUUUGUGAUAGUCAAAAUGUGACAGAUUAUUAUAUACAACCCAAAUUAUACUUAAGAAAUUUAUUCUUUAGAACAGUUUAUCUGCUACUUGCUGACAUAAGUCCAAUAUUUGUGCUCGAGGGAGAUGCUCCAGAACUAAAGCAAGAUGUUAUGGCAGCCAGAAAUGCUAUACAGUUCCGAGGAGCUGCACCAAAGUCUGAUGCUGCUAAAGCCAAAGUUCCUAAUGUUUCAAGAAAACGAUUUAAAGGUGUAUUAAAAGAGUGUGAAACACUAUUGAAGAGCAUGGGUGUGAGGUGUGUUAAAGGACGAGGGGAGGCUGAAGCAACUUGUGCAAGAUUAAAUGCUAAAGGUCUUGUCGACGCAGUGGUGUCUCAAGAUUCCGACUGUUUCGCGUAUGGAGCUAAGCGCGUGUAUCGGAACUUCAGCGUGUCGAGCGCGGCGGGGGGCGGUGCGAUGCAGGGAUCAGUAGAUUGCUAUGACGCUGAGAAAAUGUUUAACAGUAAUGGUUUUGGUCGCAAGAAAAUGGUGGCGCUAGCUCUGCUGUGCGGUUGUGAUUACGGUGUCGGAGCUUGUGGAUCGUCAAUCACUACUGCAAUUGCUUUCCUUCAUACAGUGCCAGAAGAUCAGGUCAUAGAUAGAUUACUAUCCUGGGUGAGCGACACGCAACACUACGAAGAGCAAACCCGUUGGUCGUCGGCGCCGGGCCGCUGCGACCGCUGCGGACACGUGGGACGAACCCAUACCAAGAACGGCUGUCCCGUUUGUGUCACACAUCGAGGUUGUACGGACAUGGGAUACAAGUCCAAAGUAGCGGAAGUAAAACGUGAGCUAUCGCUUCGUAACCGUGCCCUGUCGUGCGGAAUGCCUUUCCCUGAGCCGAAAGUUAUGAAGGAAUUCCUGGAUACCACACCAGAAGAUAUAGAUCUCGACAGCUUGAAGAUUCCAACUCCGAGUUUAAUUCAAUUUGUGAAAAUUAUGUCCAAGAAAUUAGACUGGUCCGAAAGAUAUUGCGUCGAGAAAUUUCUACCGUUACUAACAAGAUGGCAUCUUCAAGAAUUUGUAACUUGCAGAACUAUAAAACCUUUUGAAAUAAAGAAAAAAAGAAAUCCACGAGGAGUUCCCAGUUACGAAGUUCUGUGGGCCGAUAUUGAGGGACAGUAUGAGGCUCUUAUACCGGACGACCAGUUCGAAGAGGGUGAAGAUUUACAAGGUCCAUGGACAUCAAUAGAAAGACAAGAUCUUAUGCGACGUUAUUACCCAGAUUUAGUUGAAAAAUAUGAAGAGUCUAUUAAGAAACCACAGAAAGAGAAGAAAAUGAGAGGGAGAAAGAAGAAAGAUCCAAACCCCGAUGAUAUUGAACAGAAUGUAAAACCGAAGAGGAAAUAUAACAGAAAACCGAAACAAGUUAAAGAUAUACCAAUGUCUCACAUAAAUGACUCUAUGAAAAAUUUAAGUCUAACUAACAAAAAUUUGAAUUGUAGCAAAGCGCACGUCAGCGUAUGUGUUAAUAGACUUAAGAGAAAAAUGAAAAAUAAUACAAGAACAAAAGUAAAAAAUACAAUAGAUAGUUAUUUAAAACCGACCAAGAAAAGAAAAUCGAAAUUGACAGAGACGUUGGAUACUAGUGUCAAACAUAUAGCCAUUCCGAAUAAUUCAUUUGAUAACCUUUUGGGAGAUUUCGAAUGUAAUAAAGAAAAUGUAACAAAUGACAAACAUUUACUAAGCAUGCUCGAUGUGAGCGUAGAAGGCGUUAAUGAUAUAGACUUAUCAGAUAUUGUUGAUAAAAUUGUUUCUAGAGCACCUAAAGUAGCAACAACGAAAGUAAAUAGUAAUCUAGUUAAACUUAUUUUUGAAAAUAAACAAAUAAAUAGAAAAAGUAUUUUUUCACAUAGAUUACAUCAGAAUUGUUCAACACCCAAAAGUAGUCCCAUACGAAAUCGUAAUAUUAAUGUAAGCAAACGAUCUUCAAUUGCAAAAGUAAAUACAAGCUAUUUCUUCGAUAAAAUUACUGAUGAAUGCGACGCUUUUGAAAUGUCAUUUGAUUAUAAAUACAAUAGUGUAGAUUGUGAUGCAACCAUAGACUACACUUUACCAAAAGAUUGUCUAUAGUUUAAGUAUCAUCAUCAUCCCUUUCUCGUUCACUUCUGGACAUAGGUACUCCAAUGACGGGCCACUGAGCUCGAUCUUCAGCUUCAGCUC